CUCGUCAGCAUUUAAUAUAUAAGAUUUUCUAAGGCUACGUGGCAAGCAGUGCAAGAUGUGGGUCUUCACUACUUUUCUCGUGGUAGCUUUUUUUCACGCCUCUGUGUCUCAGUACUUUAACGAAGAUGCUGAGGAACAACGGGAUUUCGGGAAAGAGGAAGUUGACCGAGAUGAUGAUGGUGUUAUCGUAGUCAUAAACGACGAUCCUGAACCAAAUGACGGAUGGAAACCCGAUGAGGAGGAUCCUCUUCAAGCUGGACCACCGCCGGAGUAUAUGGACGUGCAAGCACCACCUUCGGACUACUUGGAAGUGCCAAGACCACCACAGGACUAUUUCGAAGUGCAAAGACCAGAGCCGGAUUACUUGGAAUUGCAAGGACCAUCACCAUUUGAAUAUGUUUAAGGUAAAAUUGAAGAAGAAAACUUCAACAAGAAU